AGUUCGUUUAUAAUGUUUAUUGUUUCGGAGAAUAUUUCCUCAGCUGCUUUCGUUUUUCGCGCAAAGAAUGGCGGUAACCGACAACCGUUUUAAUCUAAACACCUUCGAAUUGUUGCGUUUUUUUUCUCUCGUUAUGUUGGGGUAUAAACGGUGAGAGCAUAUUUGGUUUAUGCGCUCUCACCGUUGUUCUGGUACGCUGUAGUGUUCGAACGGCAUUCACACCCUUGUUUUUCCCUUUGCUUACUCACUACAUGAACUAAUAAGUGUGUGUUGUACUACGUCUACUACACGUAUAUCCGUGUGCUCUAUUGUGAUGAGAAAAGUAUAACAAAAUGAUUGAUAGAGAGUGCUAGAGCGAGACAAAACUCUACGCACAUACACAAUCGCACUGAUGUUGCUACAUGCGAAUACCAUUCGGGGGGCUGCCUUCACGCAAUUUUCGCGGUGACAGAUCGUUCUACCAACACCGUCGCAAUGUGGUGAUACUACGCACUACCACCAACGUGGUGAUACUUAGGUUCGGCACCCGACACAGCUGAGAGGCACUCGAAGUGCGUCUCUAGAGUGUGUGGUGUAGGUUAGUAGUGCACCCACUCUGGAUAAGGUUUGUACAGUUUCCGUUGGUGUAUGUUAUCGCACGACCGGAACCGGUGUGGGAAAACGUAUCGGUAAAGGCGGUAUCGUCCAUUUGCUGCUUGCCUUGCGGUUCAAGCACGUCUCUUGGCACGAUAAAUUGUCUUGGGUUAAUGUCGUUUACUUCGUUUAUUUGUAUAACGUGUUUAUCAACGGUUGCUAAACGGGGAACAAGUGUCUAGAGUCUAGUGUAGUGUAUCAUCCAAUUGGGUUGUAGGGCGAAAACGUUGCUCACAGCUGAAGUAGAUAAGGAGAAGUCGUUGAAAUUAGUUUGAAAAAUCACUAAACUAAACAGUCGCAACCCUAUUCGUUCUUCUUUCGAACCCCGAAUGGUUCCAUUUGUGCUUCCAAGUGCUGAAUGUGACACCCCGGAUGAAUUAUUAACAGAGUUUUAUGUCAUCCCUCCCCAAAAAAAAAUUAAUUCCCCUGUGCGUGCGUGCGUGCGUCCGUACGUUUAUUUACGAAGGCACCACAUUCACCCGUUUGGACAUUUCUUGCUUUUUCAAUAAUAACAAAACGAGCUUUGUACACAUGCUCAAAUAAAAGGGAAGAAACCCGUUGCAACAUUAAAAUUGGGACACGAGUCAAAGCGAGACAGGGAAUGGUUUUGUUUGCACGCAUUCUCCCUCACGCACAUAUCACAAGUUGCGUUCGAGUUGGCACGCACGAAAAACUGGCUUUUCGCUCUUCCCACGAUUCAUUCAUUUCACACACUCUCGCGCUGUGUUGAGAUAUACAUACGUCACUAUUUCACUGCUCUCGCGUUUUGUUGUGCUGAUAAUCAGGAGCGGAAACAAAUGCUGCUUUUUUGCUUCUUCAAUUCCAUCUAGUGUUUCACUAGAUUUCUCACCUUUCUCGCGUUAACCUUGUGGUUUGAUGAAUGGUGUGAUGGUGAAGCAGUAUGUGAAUUAUAAUGUAGUAGUGGUUGAAUGUGUAGCAAACACAGCAGCACAGUAGUACACGCAGCAACACAUGAGUGUGUAAAUAUGUGAAAAUUCAAUAGAAAUUUAAAAAAAGUUUAUCUUAACCUUAACUUUUAGUGAUUGAUAAUAGUUGUUUAAAAUUCAAAUGACUUGAAUGCUGCAAAUAGUUGUGAAUAAUCGUAAAAAAAUAAAUGAAUCAGUUCAUCUCACAAUUAUGCACUAUGAGAGCGCAAUGAAUGAAUGAUAAUUUGUGGGAUAGUGAGAAGAGCAGAUGCAUUGCGAGUGAACCCGCAUUGUUCGAUGAGGAGAAAGGAUACGUUCUUCUCACCUUUAUCUCACUUUUGUAGAUUAUGUGUGUAGGGACGAGUGAGUGGUAGCGCCAUUAAACAAACGGAGCGUAAAGUGUAUCAUUGUUAGCAGUUUGUAUUAAUAGAAAAUUGCUUUGUAAUCGUCGUUUUUACAUAUUAUUAAUCUUGUUUACAAACACAAAACCACAAUAGAUUUGAAGAAGUCUCAGUGAGCAAAAUUAGAAAAUUGUAUCAAAUCAAUUUUAUUUUAUAAAAAAAUCAUUCCCAUGGAUGAAAAUGUUGCUUCAUUUAUAGGAAUACAGGUGUAAUAGGUUGGUUUAAUAUUUUCGAAAUCUGUUAACACUUAUUACAAUACUCCUUGAGUGUUAGCGUUAGAAUAAAAAAAGUACUAAACAGAAGAAUAAAUUUCAUUUGAUUUGUUUCUUUGUUCGAAACAUUUUGCAAUCGAGAAUUGGUUGUAAAAAUAAAACAAGGUCGUAUCGCUAAUAGCUUCAUGGUCGCUUGGGCAGAAAAAAAAACUGCUGCCUGAUUAAGCUAAUUAAUCAUUGCCCCGCUUAUCAUCUCCAUAGAUGACAUGAGAUGAUGGCACCCGCCUUCGUGAUGACACGUUUAGUGUCACUUUUUUCCUACUUCUUUACACAUCUACAACGAUGCAAGUAAUGGAACCAGCACCAGGAAACUCACAAUCUGAUAAUUUGGGAUAAGGGUAUAGGCAGAACGCAAGUAACUAAGGGAGAUUGAAAAAAGAGGAUGAAAAAGUUCAUCCGAUCAAAAAAGGGUGCUGAUUUUCAAAUCUUUAUGACCCGGUUUUGUUCUCUGCUUAGGUGGGAGUAUUAUUUAGUACUGUCCGAGUUUCCGAGUUUAAAAACUAGGAAUUUCGGUUUUAAUCCUAUAAGUUUGAUUUACUGAUUGAUAGGUUUAUAUCUUUACUUUAAGAGGUAUAGUUUUGAAGUUUUGGUACAUUUAUUUAAUGAUAUUUUUAUCACAAUGUUUAUAAACUUUCUACGAGUAUGCCAUUUUUUUUAUUUUUAUUGAGCACAAUCAUACGAAACUCGUCAUUUAAAGGUGUUAUCCGUUAACAUUACACUGUUACGGAAACCUUCUAUAUUAUUUACCGCCAUCUGUGUUUUAUUCAUCCGUGAAACUAAUCUCUCAAAGAAAAGAAAACGAAUUACAAUCACCUAAAGAAACCUUAUGUUGCUCUCCAUAUAAAGGCAGCGAGAAAAAAGGGGUCCCAAAAGCGGUUCACUGUAACUCCGUGUAUCGUAUCCCCAAAAACUUACAUCUACCACAACAUACCAACGCUCAUGUAACCUUUCCAACCUUCGGCACACGUACAAAUAUCAAAGGAAACCUCGAAAACCUGCCCGAUGUGUGUGUGUGUGAGUACGUGUGCUAAAUUGACGUUCUUGUCUUUAUCGUCGUUUGAUUCUCGUUCGAUAUUCCAUAUUCGUUGCACCAUCAAAACACUGUUAACAUGCUGUUAACAUGUGUGUGCGGCUUCUUCGACACCGUAGCAGCAGCAUAUGUUUCAAGCAUUGUCCCUUUUGUCCAGGACAGUAUCAGGUCUCGGACAUAUGCAACACAUUGAAGCGAGGCCCAGCUGGGCAAAUAAAAGCAUUGUUUGUGGGUGUUGGAUGUUUCCGUUGUGGAAAGGAAAUACAUUGUUUUUUUUUUUCUUCCUUUUAUGUGUUUCGUGAGGAAAAUGUCUGGUUUAUAAUCAUUAGAAAUUAAUUUGAGUGCGUUAUGGUGAGGUAAAAAUUUAAAGUCUACUUAUCGCUUAAUUAGAAACAUUUGUGUCAUGUAUUUUUUGCUUUAAAGAAUGGUUAAAUAUUUCCUUAUGAUAUAAAAAUUUAACCAAUGGUCAAAUGUAAUCAUCAUUAAGCUCUUAAGUGUGUUAGUGUUACAACAAUAAAACCAUAGCCAGCCUCUUCUGGUUUCAAAGCAUUUCUAGAAGGAGAAAUAAUCUGUUGCUUCUGCUGUAGAACGAUGCUCAGCGUUGGAUUACUUCCGCUUCCGGUACUUGUGCGUCGCCUGGUGUGUCGAUACUACCAUUUCUUGCCAUUCUUGCCGGAUUCACUCUUUCCAAGCUGCGUAAAAUAGCAAACAAUUCUGAGCGAGUUCUUUUUUUUUUGUUACACCCGCUGAGGUGAGCAACUCUGAGCGAUAAAAGGUGAAAAUUCUCGCUCGUCGGUAUGCAUCUCACGUCCGUAGAUGCAGAUGUGCACCAUCACACGAUGCACCGUCUACCAUUUUCCAAUUCUCACACACCGAACAGAAGGGAGGAAGCAGACAUGUAUUUCCACACCCGAAACGCGUUGGGGUAGUCACUGUUUCACUUCCUUGCGAUUUGUUUAUUUCGUUUCAAUUACAACGGAAUUAAUGUGUUUUUCCAUUGCUAUAAAGAUGCCCAGCAAGCAAAGUGCAAUCUUCGAUUCCGUGCGAGUGGCAAACGUGAAAAUGGGAAUUGCACUUUUAUUGGAUUUUCAUCCGACAGUGUGUGUGAGUCCCGGCGAUCUGUGCAAGAUCUUUGUGUACGUUUUGCGUUGUUUGUUCCGAUGGCUUAGUUUUCAGCCUGCCCGUUGGAGACAAUCACACAACAGUGGGCAGACGCACGCGAAGGAUAGAUUUUUUUGGGUUAUUUUCCUUUGUUUUGCUUAUUUACUAACCUUCUAAAGUGGAGUUUCGUUUUUCUUGCUUGGCCUGGUUGUUGUUAUCUUUUUUCCUGGUGUCUAGGCAUGCAGCAGCACACUGAACAGGAAGUUUAUUUGUUUGUGUUUGUUUAUCUGUUUAUUUUCGUCCCGUAAACGAAUAAUGUUUACGAUCGGGCUCAAAUUCUAUUGGAAGAUGUAGCGCGCAAGCAUUGAUGUGAUGUGGUUUCAUGUUGUUAAUGGUGGUGGUUAGGGUGAUACAUACGGUUGAGUCUGAAUCCCCCAGGAAUGCACCACUCGAUCAUUCAAAUGCAUACAUCAGGGUUUCUAGAAGAAAAAAAAUGCUGUCUGAAUCAUCACACAUUCCACGUUACGUAGACAAUGGUACAAUCGUUUCGAUUAAACAGAGUUUUGAAACAAAUAAAAACUAAUAUGUAAUAUCACUGCAUCAUCUUCUCAAGUUGUGAUACCUCAAAUUGUAACAGAUUGAUUCCUUACCGGAUGGUUGGAGCCUCAUUUGCAUUCCAGAUGUGCGCCACAUUCUCACCUUAAGCCGUUUAUUUAUUUGUUCGAACGGUUCUUCGCCUUUCCCUGAUAACCGUAACUCCUGACACACGGGGGGGUUGGAAAAAUGCAAAUAGCUCCCGACGGUCGGAACACUGACGACAAUCAGACUCGCACAAAUCGUCAUGAGCCCACUGAGCUGGUGACUGCACCCGCGAUUGCACCCGCGAUUGCGUCCAAUUGCACGGGGUAGCGCGGAUAGUUGUUUUACAUAAUCUUGACUAAUUGAUAGUGAUAGAGUGGCAUGUUUAUUGCCAAUCGCCCCGUCGAAGGUGCGGAUUCAGCGAGGUCAGCUUGACAUUUGCACCCAGGUGUAGGAUUGAGAGAAGAUGUUCGUAAUACUGUGAUAACAAAGAAAUGUUGAGGUUUGGAGUUUGAAAAAGAAUAUUGUAGACAAGCUUCUUGGUCCAGUGCAUAGCUGAGUAGGAUUUUUAUUAACAUCAAAUACUAUGCCAUCAAUAUCCGAUCAGAAAUCGAAGAGAUUUAUUGAAAAACCUUGAUGUCCGAAGUUGUCCAAUUGAAGAACUCUCUUUUUGAGUAUUUGUUUCAAGUAGUACAUAACAGUUUGGUUCCUAUUUUUGGCUUUAAAUAACAUCGAUUCACCCCGACCGUACUGUUCUAGCUAUAUCUAUUUCCAACAUUAAGUAGAGUUACAGCGUUCCUAUCACAAUAAUGUUCUCCUUCCUAGCAGCUAUUGUCAAUACGGUUCGUUUAUACAUAUGGUACGACGAAUAUGAUUUUCUCGUCUAAAGUUUCCAUCGUUUACGUUUCGGAACGCGGUGAUAGGAUGUAAAGCAAUGAUGAGGGCAUUGGAUCGAUCACCAGCUGUCGGUUAUUUGGCCUUCGUUUCAGCAUGGCGACACCUUUUUCUGCCUAGUUUCGUUUGCACUUUUCAAACACAUCAUUACUGGGACGAUACUUGUCAGCCCCACCGGCCUAGGCCAGCAUCAUCGGGGGUGAGUUGUUGUUUUGUUACCGUCGUCCAUCGUUACCAUGCAGAGCCACCCAGGGCAGUGCAAUUUCAGUUGGCUCAGUUGCCCAACGGCACCUGAUAUUGGUUGGAAUUGGAUGCGGUACGGACCGGGGGUGCGGACAUACAGCACCGAGCGCUGACGAGUGUAUAGCGAUUCAUUUUGUGCUCCGGAUCGCCUCCAGGGGAACUUACCUUUCCGCAUGAGAGGCCGGCGAUGUAAUAUGCGGCUCUCCCGUGCGUUAGCUCUCCAGUGUAGGCGUCCGGCCUUCCUACGGAGAUGCUGCUCUACCGAGGCAGAAAUAGAAACCGAUAAAAAGCUGAUCGAAAUGUGCGGACUUGUUGCGGGUCUUGUCCAUCCGUACGAAUCUUCCCACCGAUAUCCGUAGGCUGGUUUUUGGUGACGACAGAGCAAAAUAAACGGAAUUAUUAACGAAGGAUAACUGUCCCCAGGCGGGUUUUUGCAGCAGGGAUGGUUCCCGGUUGUCGCGCUCAUAGAAAGGUUAAAAGUUAUCACGGCAGAAACAGAAAGUACUGGAAAUUGCAUUGAUUUUCACUCCAACGCACACCGUUCCGAUCACUUUCGCGAACACGUGUAACUUCGCUGGACGUGGGUUUUGUGCAAACUGCGAUUUGUUUUUGCCACUUUGCACGAAAUGUAAAAGGAGGAAAAAGGGAAUGUAAAGGUACGAAAAUAGCAAUCGUACUAAAAUUGGAAUCUGCCAAGAUGCUAAAAAUAUAAUGCAGUUAAACACACCACGAUGCUAGCGAUUGUAUUUGCCACGACGGGAAAACGGUUGGAGAACAGAACGUUUGGGCUUUAUUGUGACGAGAGAUACUUCAUGAUAGAUAUUUUUAAACUUAAUUAGCUUAUCAUUGAUGUGCUUCUGAGCGAGGGUGCUUUUCUAAAACCAUCUGUAGCUGUACAUUCGGAACAUCCAAUCAAUCUGAAAGUUAGGCUUCUGCUGAUUGCAUGUAAAAUUUUCCACCUCAUUUGGUUUCGUUUCAUUAUCCACUGUUGUUUACAUGUUUAUAGUUUGUUUUGAUUUACCCUCUCUCUUUAUUCAUUAUCCAGUCGUUAAAAAAACAGCUUUAAAAGUGUAUUGCCGAACAAUAAUGUGUCAACUUAUGUACGAAUGUUUUAAAACGGUGUGUUAUUUAAUUGCCUCGUGAUGUUUCUCUCGCCAAACUUCUCGUGCCUCUUACUUUGAUGUGCUCCAGCAUUUUGUGUGUUCCAACAUUUGGUUUCGAAAACAACUCUGGUCUGCACCCUUGCUUAUCGCAUCGUAACAUUCACAUUCCAGCUAAAAACCGUGUGCUAAUGUAGUGUUUAAUUGCGUAUCGUUUCACCAACUCAAGUGACACUUGCAAUGGGCAAAGAUGUUGUUGUGCCACUGUGUUUUUUUGUGUUGCAGUGGAUAAAACAAUCCCUUGCCCCAAUAGAGUGGACUGAUUGAAUGCUUCUUCUAGUAUUAGCCAUCGAAACAGUGGUAAUGUGGCUAGAGUGUCUACCGUUAAAAAGCUUCACAAAUCAAUCCCAGAAAGUUCGAAUGGAUUUUAAGUCUGCUGUUCGCAUUUCGUUAGCUGUUGCAAGUAACCGUUAGGGAAAGGUUGUGAGCACCUUUUUUGGCGAAUUGUUGCGUUGCGAAUCGAUCCCGAUCGAUACGAAAAUUGCACCGCCAAAACCAUCCCGUACCACCGUGAACGGUGUCGAUAUGCAGCGCCGUGGCGGGAUGGCACCGGCUGCAGUUUUAACGCAACAGCAGCAACAGCAGCAACAUCCGCAACAACAACAGCAGCCACAACCACAUCAUCCACCGGCGAGAAGUGAUCCAGCGACGGUUUCGGCAUCGCAAAGCAAAGACAAUGCCGUCUCCCGUCACGGACAGCAUUUGAAGAAAUCAUCGUCGUCCGAUACUGGUGGCAGCAACACCGGCAACAGUAGCGGUGGAACCGGUGGAACGGCAGCCGGUUCCGGAUCGGGCAGCUCUGGCAAACGAACGCACGGUACCGGUACGAGCACGAUGGGUAACGCCCACCAGGACAAUGACCAUACCGGCGAAAAUACGGGCGUCGUUAGUGGUUUAAGCAGUUCCGGUUCUGGAUCCACCUCGAACAAGGAUAAAGAUGAGGAUGAUAUUUACGAGUUUAAAUCAACGCCGAAAGAUUCCAGCUCGAGCUCGAGCGAUGAAAAGGAAAGUGGAGGCACGUCCAACAAGAAAGGAUCGUCCGGAGAUAAAUCGGCCGAGGUCGAUAAGCAAUCGCCCGGUACACAACACCAUGACAGUGAAUCGCACGGUUCACAGGAACACGCGCGCGAAGGUUCGGCAAGAGAUGGAACGUCUGGUACACAGCAGUCACGUGACGAUUCGCAAACACAGCACCCGUCCCUGCAACAAUCCGCAUCGGAAGGUGGCGAAAAGCAGUCGCAAAAGGAGGGACAAUCGAAUGGGACAUCCUCUUCAUCAUCGGCUACGGUUUCUUCUGGCGCGACUGGGAAUAGCACGAUCGGAACCGAUCAUGGAACGGGCAGCACACCUACCAAUAGUGCAAGUACAACCAGUGGCAACAGUGCUGGAAUCGAGCGUUCUAAUACGGGUGGAUCAACCGGAGGAACCAGUGCUAGCGGCAUAUCGUCCUCGUCAUCAUCCGCUUCCGGUGUUCCGAAACGAGCAUUUGCCGAACUAAACGAUGGUGCGGACGAAAGUGGCACUACGAACGAAGACGAAACGAAGCGCAAGAAACGGAAGGAAACCGAUCCACUCGGCGGUCUGGGUGGCGUUGGUAGUGGUAGCAGUGUAAAAGAAACAUCCUCUUCCACUUCUGGCACGUCUGGUGCUAGUGGAGCGGGAUCUUCAACGUCCACUUCGUCGGGGAAAUCAAGCAGCAGUGCGAGUGGUAAUCGUGGGUCAGCACCUCGCCAAGAAAAGGGUGCAAAGUCCACCGGUGUACCAUCUUCAAAAACGCUCGGUUUAUCCGGUAAGAAUACACUGGAUCGCAAAAGUCCUUGCGCUAGCCCAAAACCAUCGCAGGGUGGUGUGACCGGUACGGGAGGGAACAGUGCUAGUACCGGCAGUGCUUCAUCAUCCACGGCAGCAAACACUGGCACUAGUGGGGGAACGUCCGCAGUAGGUGGAUCUUCGAGUACGGGAAAAGGUGGAUCGUCUGGUACGAGCAGCAGCAACGACAGUGACGGUGAAACUGGCAGCGCUGCCACAAUGGGUGGUACAGAAGAUGGAAUGGGUGGAAAGAACAGUGGAGAGUCCGGGUUUGGUGGUAGCUCCGGAGGAGGUGGUCCGAAAGUUCCACCACUGAAGAUUGUCAUUCCGCAGCAGAGUACGACCGGCGACGCCGAAGUUGGUGGAAACACACGCAAUGGAAAGAACGCUUCGACGAGAAAUCAUGCCGCGCUACCAUAUGUGGUGGCGUCCUCCAAUAGUAACGAUUCCACGGCGGACAAGGAAAGUACGUCUUCGCGCAGUGCCAGCCCAGCCGACUCAAAAAGCUCGGAUGAGAAAAAUCCAUCACAAGGCGGCAGCACUAAGGACGAACGCACGCAGCAACGUGUCCUGCGCAGUUCGCAUCGCGGUGGCAACGGAGGCAAUAGCAACAGUUCCACCAAGGAUGGCAACACGUCCGGUGUCGAUCGGUCAAACAAUUCCUCGCCUCAGAUGCAACAGCAAGGUAACAGUGGUUCACCAUCUCCACUGUCCAAUGCCAGUGGAUGCGAUUCAGCAGAAAGGGGUACCAGCGGACCGGGAACGUCUGGGACGAAUGGUGGGGAUAGUGGUCGAUCGGCUGGUUCUGUUCAGGCAAACAGUCCCGGCAGUAGUGGGACAGCAACGGCAACCGUGGGUGAGGGAGACAAUGGAACCUCGGCUGGAAGUGGUGGUAGUACUGGAACGGGUGGAAAUGGAAACCCAAAAAGUCCUUCCAGUGUGAGUGGUACAACCGGGGGAGGAAAUGCUGGUGCUUCCUUGCCAGGCGUUAGUAACAGUGGAUCGAGCGAUACCAGCGGUGCAGGAAGUGGCAGCACCGGUGGGACGAAUAACGCUGGAAAUGGAUCUUCCACUACUUCCGCCAAUGCACCUCCCGGUGCACCCAAUACCACUACAGGAACUUCCGGCAGUGGGACAUCUUCAACCGGUGGACAAUCCUCAUCGACCGGGACCGGGAACGGAUCAACACAAUCUCAAACGACCGGUAUCGGUGCGUCCCAAAGCACCAACUCAUCAUCCUCCACGUCCUCCUCUUCUUCGUCCUCUUCAUCUUCAUCCACAUCGGAAACAUCCGUCCAUCCACGUAAGCGUAAGAUAAAAACGAGUAAAGAACAAUCUUCUACCUUGUCUACAACGUCCGUCGGUGCUAAUGCAACCGGAACUGGAGCAUCAGCGGGAACGGCACCAUCCAGCUCAGCAUCCUCCUCGACGACUACCGCAUCUAGUAGCGGUGCAGCGGGUGCAGUCGCCAACGACGAAAAGAAGGAAACGCGCGAAGAAACACCCGAUGUUCAUCCGCACGAUCAACCGAUCACUAACUGUUACCAGAUGUAUUUGAACAUCCGCAAACAGAUCGAGCGGCGUCAGAAAAGUUUAUUCCCGGUGCAGCCGAAACCCCCGCAGGGUUUCAAGGACUACCUGAUGAACCGCUGCACGUACGCACUGGCCGGUAAAACCCCAACGGAACCGAACGUGCAGGUGCCCGCUACCUUGGCCGCCUCCCUGAAGGAUCUUUUCCAGGCACAGGAAAAGGAACGUCACAAACUCCGCAUGCAGCACAUCGUCGAGAAGGAGAAGCUGGUGCUGGCGGUGGAGCAGGAAAUAUUGCGCGUACACGGCCGGGCUGCCCGAGCCCUCGCCAACCAAUCGCUACCAUUUUCCGUGUGCACCAUCCUGAAGGACGAAGAGGUGUACAACAUCAUUACGCCGGAGCAGGAGGAAAAGGAUCGCAACGCUCGCAGCCGCUACAAUGGGCGGCUGUUUCUAAGCUGGCUGCAGGACGUCGAUGACAAGUGGGAGAAGAUUAAGGAAGCGAUGCUGCUGCGCCAUCACAACGAGGCGGAAAGUUUGCACGCAGUGCAGAAGAUGGACUGGGAGUGGAAGAUGAAGGAACAUUCGCUCUGCGAGUUUAAGGCGAAACCGAUCAUCGACGAUACGUACGUGCCGAUGGUGAACGUGAAUGAUGAUUUCGAUCUGCUACCAGCAUAGGCGUUUACGAUCAGUGGGAUAAGGGGUGUAUACUGCUCGGGGUAUAUACGGAAUAGAAACCGUUUCGCGUUUUUGCGAUACACAAACAUUCUUUUGAAUCAAUUCGCAUGGGGAAAGGAUAGAUUAUAGAAGGUGUUACUUCUAAUAGCAGGGUAUGAGAGAAAAAAAAACGGACGAUUGUUGAUGUAAAUAUAUGUAGUUUUAAUCUGCUACCAAUAAAAGUACUAAAAUUUAAAAUAA